AUGCCAGGAGCCGCCGGGGUCCUUCUGGUCCUGCUGCUCAGCCGGGGCCUCGGGGGUGCCCAGGCGCAGCCGCUGCCGCCGCUGCCACAGGCGCACCAGCAAAGAGGUUUAUUCCCUGCUGUCUUGAAUCUUGCUACUAAUGCUCGCAUCACCACAAAUGCAACAUGUGGAGAAAAAGGACCUGAAAUGUACUGCAAAUUGGUAGAGCAUGUGCCUGGGCAGCCUGUGAGGAACCCCCAAUGUCGAAUCUGUAAUCAAAACAGCAGCAACCCAAAUCAGAGACACCCAAUUACAAACGCUAUUGAUGGAAAGAACACUUGGUGGCAGAGCCCCAGUAUUAAGAAUGGAAUUGAAUACCAUUAUGUGACCAUUACACUGGAUUUGCAACAGGUGUUCCAGAUCGCGUAUGUGAUCGUGAAGGCAGCGAACUCCCCCCGGCCUGGAAACUGGAUCCUGGAACGCUCCCUGGACGACGCGGACUACAAGCCCUGGCAGUACCACGCUGUGACCGACGCCGAGUGCCUGACCCUCUACGGCAUUUAUCCCCGCACCGGGCCCCCGUCCUACGCCAAGGACGACGAGGUCAUCUGCACCUCGUUUUAUUCCAAGAUACACCCCUUAGAAAACGGAGAGAUUCACAUCUCUUUGAUCAAUGGGAGACCAAGUGCGGAUGACCCCUCUCCUGAACUGCUGGAAUUCACCUCUGCUCGUUAUAUUCGCCUGAGAUUUCAGAGGAUCCGCACCUUGAAUGCCGAUUUGAUGAUGUUUGCUCACAAAGACCCAAGAGAAAUUGACCCCAUUGUCACACGAAGAUAUUACUACUCGGUCAAGGAUAUUUCGGUUGGAGGGAUGUGCAUCUGCUAUGGUCAUGCCAGGGCUUGUCCACUUGAUCCAGUGACAAAUAAAUCCCGCUGUGAAUGCGAACACAAUACGUGUGGCGACAGCUGUGACCAGUGCUGUCCAGGAUUCCAUCAGAAACCUUGGCGAGCUGGGACUUUUCUGACUAAGAGCGAGUGUGAAGCAUGCAAUUGUCAUGGGAAAGCUGAAGAAUGCUAUUAUGAUGAAAAUGUUGCCAGAAGAAAUCUGAGUUUAAAUAUAUAUGGAAAGUACAUUGGAGGGGGUGUGUGCAUCAACUGCACCCAAAACACUGCUGGCAUAAACUGUGAGACAUGUAUUGAUGGCUUCUUCAGAGGAAAAGGGGUUUCACCAAGUGAUCCAGGACCCUGCCAGCCAUGCCAUUGUGAUCCAGUUGGCUCCUCCACUGAGGUCUGUGUCAAGGAUGAAAAGCGUGCUCCACGAGGCCUGGAACCUGGGUCCUGUCAUUGCAAACCUGGUUUUGCAGGGAAGAGAUGUGAGCGGUGUGCCAGGGGCUACACUGGCUUCCCCGCCUGCAAACCCUGUAACUGCAGUGGCGAAGGAAGUGCAAAUGAAGACCCUUGUCUUGGACCCUGUAACUGCAAGGAAAACGUUGAAGGAGCAGACUGCAGGCGCUGCAAACCUGGCUUCUUCAAUUUGCAGGAGCGCAAUGCCAAAGGAUGUGACGAGUGUUUCUGUUCGGGGGUUUCCACCAGAUGUCAAAGUUCCUACUGGCCCUAUGGCAGCAUACAAGACAUGAGUGGCUGGUCCCUGACUGACAUCUCAGGCCACACUCGAGUGGCUCCCCAGCAGGACUUACAGCCACCCCAGCAUAUCAGCAUCAGCAGCUCGGAGGCCCGCCGCGCCCUGCCCCAGGACUACUACUGGAGCGCACCAGCUCCGUAUCUGGGAAACAAACUCACAGCAGCUGGAGGACAAUUGACAUUUACUGUAUCGUAUGACCUCGAAGAAGAAGACACAGCCCGCAGACGCUCGCUCCAGAGCACGAUUAUCUUAGAGGGAAAAGACUUGAGAAUCAGCACAGCCCAAGAAGAGGUACAUCUGAAACCAUCUGAAGACCAUAUUUAUAAAUUGUCACUCAAAGAAGAAUCAUUUACCAUACAUGGUACAAAUGUUCCAGUCAGUAGAAAAGAGUUUAUGACAGUGCUUGUGGAUUUACAGAGAGUCCUCAUACAAACCACAGUCAGCCUUGGGGUGGAUGCCAUCUACAGGCUGAGCUCUGUUGGCCUUGACUCUGCCGUUCCCUAUCCUACGGAUGGAAGCACUGCGUCAGCUGUGGAAGUGUGCCAGUGCCCACCGGGGUACACUGGGUCCUCUUGUGAAAAAAGACACCAAGCUAAUGCUUCCUCUAAUCUCAUACCUGCCAGUAACGCUAAGUCUUGCUGGCCUAGGCACAGACGAGUUAACGGCACUAUUUUUGGUGGCAUCUGUGAACCCUGCCAGUGCUUUGGUCACGCGGAAUCCUGUGAUGACAUCACCGGAGAAUGCCUGAAUUGUAAGGAUCACACAGGUGGCCCAUACUGCAAUAAAUGUCUUCCUGGUUUCUAUGGAGAUCCUACUAAAGGAACCUCUGAAGACUGCCUGCCCUGUACCUGUCCACUCAAUAUCCCAUCAAAUAACUUUAGCCCGACGUGCCACUUAGACCGAAGUCUUGGAUUGAUCUGUGACGAAUGCCCUGUCGGGUACUCAGGACCACGCUGCGAGAGGUGUGCAGAAGGCUAUUUUGGACAACCUUCUGUAGCUGGAGGAUCAUGUCAGCCAUGCCAAUGCAAUGACAACCUUGACUUCUCCAUCCCUGGCAGCUGUGACAGCUUGUCUGGCUCCUGUCUGAUAUGUAAGCCAGGUACAACAGGCCGGUACUGUGAGCUCUGUGCUGAUGGAUAUUUUGGAGACGCAGUUGAUGCAAAGAACUGUCAGCCUUGUCGCUGUAACGCCAACGGCUCCUUGUCGGAGGUUUGCCACACUCGGACAGGACAGUGUGAAUGCAGACCUAACGUGCAGGGCCAGCGGUGUGAUGAAUGCAAGCCUGAAACCUUUGGCCUACACUCGGCAAGAGGAUGUGUUCCCUGCAACUGUAAUUCCUUUGGGUCUAAGUCAUUCGACUGUGAAGAGAGUGGUCAGUGUUGGUGCCAGCCUGGAGUGACAGGAAAGAAAUGUGACCGCUGUGCCCAUGGCUACUUCAACUUCCAAGAAGGAGGGUGCACAGCUUGUGACUGUUCUCAUCUGGGUAAUAAUUGCGACCCAAACACUGGUCAAUGCAUUUGCCCUCCCAAUACCAUUGGAGAUCAAUGUUCUCAAUGUGUACCUAAUACCUGGGGCCACAGUAUCGUCUCUGGUUGUAAGGCUUGUAACUGUAGCACGGUGGGAUCCUUGGAUUUCCAAUGCAAUAUAAACACCGGCCAGUGCAACUGUCACCCCAAGUUCUCUGGUGCACAAUGUACAGAGUGCAGCCGAGGUCACUGGAACUACCCUCACUGCGACCCUUGUGACUGCUUCCUGCCCGGGACAGAUGAUGCGACCUGUGACUUAGGGACUAAAAAAUGCUCCUGUAUCGAUCGGACUGGGCAGUGCACUUGUAAGGUGAACGUGGAAGGUGUCCACUGUGACAGGUGCCGGCCUGGCACAUUCGGACUUGAUGCUAAGAACCCACUUGGCUGCAGCAGCUGCUAUUGCUUCGGAGCUACUACCCAGUGCUCUGAAGCAGAAGGACUGAUCCGCACAUGGGUGGCUCUGGAGCCGGAGCAGACCAUUCUGCCCCUGGUGGAUGAGGCGCUGCAGCACACAACUACCAAAGGCAUUGCUUUUCAAGAUCCCGAGAUUGUUGCCCACAUGGAUCUGGUGAGACAAGAUCUCCAUUUGGAACCUUUUUAUUGGAAACUCCCAGAACAAUUUGAAGGAAAGAAGUUGAUGUCCUAUGGGGGAAAACUCAAGUAUGCCAUCUAUUUUGAGGCUCGAGAAGAGACAGGUUUCUCUACAUAUAAUCCUCAAGUUAUCAUUCGAGGUGGGACUCCAUCUCAUGCUAGAAUUAUCGUUAGGCAUAUGGCUGCUCCCCUAAUUGGCCAAUUGACAAGGCAUGAAAUCGAAAUGACAGAGAAAGAAUGGAAAUAUUAUGGUGAUGAUCCUCGAGUCAGUAGAACUGUGACCCGUGAAGACUUCUUGAAUGUACUAUAUGAUAUCCACUAUAUUCUUAUCAAGGCUACUUAUGGAAAUGUGAUGAGACAAAGCAGGAUUUCUGAAAUCUCACUGGAGGUAGCUGAGCAAGGAACUGUAACAGCAGUGACUCCUGCAGCUCACUUGAUCGAAAGAUGUGACUGUCCUCCGGGCUAUUCUGGUUUGUCCUGUGAGACAUGCACGCCGGGAUUUUACCGACUGCGCUCUGGGCCAGGCGGUCGCACGCCUGGGCCAGCCCUGGGCACCUGUGUUCCGUGUCAGUGUAAUGGACACAGCAGCCUCUGUGACCCCGAGACCUCCAUAUGCCAGAACUGUCAGCAUCACACUGCUGGUGACUUCUGUGAGCAAUGUGCUAUUGGGUACUACGGGAUUGUCAAGGGAUUGCCGAAUGACUGUCAGCAAUGUGCCUGCCCUCUGAUUUCUCCCAGCAACAAUUUCAGCCCUUCUUGUGUCAUGGAAGGCCCUGAUGAUUUCCGCUGCACAGCUUGUCCACGUGGAUAUGAAGGCCAGUACUGCGAACGGUGUGCCCCUGGCUAUACUGGCAGCCCAAGCAGCCCCGGAGGCUCCUGCCAAGAAUGUGAGUGUGAUCCCUAUGGCUCAGUGCCUGUCCCCUGUGACUCGGUCACAGGGCUCUGCAAGUGCCGACCUGGAGCCACGGGGCCCAAGUGUGAUGGCUGCGAGCACUGGCAUGCACGAGAGGGCACGGAGUGUGUUUUCUGUGGAGAUGAGUGCACGGGCCUUCUUCUCGGGGACCUGGAGCACCUGGAGCAGGUGGUGACGAGCGUCAACCUCACAGGCCCGCUUCCUGCUCCAUACAGGAUGCUGUACAGUCUGGAAAAUACGACUCAGGAACUAAAGCACUUGCUCUCCCCCCAGAGGGCGCCAGAGAGGCUCGUUCAGUUGGCAGAGGGCAAUCUGAACACACUUGUGACAGAAAUGAAUGAGCUUCUGACCAGGGCGACCAAAGUGACAGCAGAUGGCGAGCAAACUGGACAGGAUGCUGAGAGGACCAACACAAGAGCAAACUCCUUAGGAGAAUUCAUUAAGGAACUUGUCCGGGAUGCAGAAGCUGUAAAUGAAAAAGCUAUAAAACUAAAUGAAACUCUAGGAAUUCAAGACAAGGCCUUUGAGAGAAAUUUGCAAGAGCUUCAGAAAGAGAUUGAUCAGAUGAUGGGGGAAUUAAGGAGGAAAAAUCUAGAUGCACAGAAAGAAGUUGUGGAAGAUGAGUUGGUGGCUGCGGAAGGCCUGCUGAAGAAGGUGCGGAGGGUGUUCGGGGAGCCCCGGGGGAGGAACGAAGGCCUGGAGAAUGAGCUCCGCGGGAAACUCACCCACCACAAAGACCAGCUUGACGACGCUCGGGGCCUGCUGAGAGAAGCCAUGAACAAAGUCAGAGAAGCUAAUCGCUUGUCUUCAGCCAACCAGGAGAACAUGACUGCCCUGGAGGAAAAGAAAGAGGCUAUUGAAAAUGGCAAACGACAAACUGAGAACACUUUAAAAGAAGGCAAUGACAUACUUGAUGAAGCCAAUCGUCUUGCAGAUGGAAUCAACUCAGUCAUAGACUAUGUUAAAGACAUUCAAACUAAAUUACCUCCCAUGUCUGAAGAGCUGAAAGAUAAAAUAGAUGACCUCUCCCAAGAAAUGAAAGAUAGGAAGCUUGCUGAGAAGGUGUUCCAGGCUGAGAACCAUGCAGCUCAAUUGAACAACUCAUCGGCUGUCCUUGACGGAAUCCUUGAUGAGGCUAAAAACAUCUCCUUCAAUGCCACUGCAGCCUUCAAAGCUUACAGCAAUAUCAAGGACUAUAUUGAUGAAGCUGACCAAAUUGCCAAAGGAGCCAAAGGUGUUGCACAUGAAGCUACAAAACUGGCAACUGGUCCUCAGGGCUCAUUAAAGGAAGGUGCCAAAGGCUCUCUUCAGAAAAGCUUCGGGAUUCUUAAUGAAGCCAAGAAAUUAGCAAAUACUGUAAAAGAAAAUGAUGACCAUUUAAAAGGCUUGCAAACCAGAUUAGAAAAUGCCGACGUUAGAAAUGGGGAUCUCCUGAGAGCUCUGAAUGACACUUUGGGAAAGUUAUCAGCAAUUCCAAAUGACACAGCCGCUAAACUACUGGCCAUUAAGAACAAAGCAAGACAAGCCAACGACACGGCAAAAGAUGUCCUGGUCCAGAUUAAAGAUCUCCACCAGAACCUGGAUGGCCUGAAGAAAAAUUACAACCAACUCGCAGACAGCGUAGCCAGAACAAACGCUGUGGUAAAAGACCCUUCGAAAAACAAAAUCAUUGCAGAUGCAGAUGCCACUGUGAAAAAUCUAGAACAAGAAGCUGAUCGACUGAUCAAUAAACUCAAACCCAUCAAGGAACUUGAGGAUAACUUGAAGCGAAACAUCUCUGAGAUAAAGGAACUGAUAAACCAAGCCCGGAAACAAGCCAAUUCUAUCAAAGUAUCCGUGUCUUCGGGAGGUGACUGCAUCCGAACAUACAAGCCAGAAAUCAAGAAAGGAAGCUACAAUAAUAUCAUUGUCAACGUGAAGACAGCUGUUGCUGACAACCUCCUUUUUUAUCUUGGAAGUGCCAAAUUUAUUGACUUUCUGGCUAUAGAAAUGCGAAAAGGCAAAGUAAGCUUCCUCUGGGAUGUUGGAUCUGGAGUUGGUCGUGUAGAGUAUCCAGAUUUGACUAUUGAUGACUCCUACUGGUACCGAAUUGAGGCAUCAAGAACUGGGAGAAACGGAACCAUUUCUGUGAGGGCCCUGGAUGGACCCAAAGCCAGCAUUGUGCCCAGUACAUACCAUUCAGCGUCUCCUCCGGGGUACACGAUUCUAGACGUGGAUGCCAAUGCAAUGCUCUUCGUUGGUGGCUUGACAGGGAAAUUGAAGAAGGCUGAUGCUGUGCGUGUGAUUACAUUCACUGGCUGCAUGGGAGAAACAUACUUUGACAGCAAACCCAUAGGGUUGUGGAAUUUCCGAGAAAUAGAGGGUGACUGCAAAGGAUGUACUGUCAGUCCUCAGGUGGAAGACAGUGAGGGAACUAUUCAGUUUGAUGGAGAAGGCUACGCAAUGGUCAGCCGCCCCAUUCGCUGGUACCCCAACAUCUCCACGGUCAUGUUCAAGUUCAGGACAUUUUCUUCAAGUGCUCUCCUGAUGUACCUUGCCACAAGAGACCUGAAAGAUUUCAUGAGUGUAGAGCUCACUGACGGGCACAUAAAAGUCAGCUAUGAUCUGGGUUCAGGAAUGGCUUCUGUUGUCAGCAAUCAAAACCAUAAUGAUGGGAAAUGGAAAUCAUUCACCCUCUCAAGAAUUCAAAAACAAGCCAACAUAUCAAUUAUAGAUAUAGAUACCAACCAGGAGGAAAACAUAGCAACUUCAUCUCCUGGAAACAACUUUGGUCUUGACUUGAAAGCAGAUGACAAAAUAUAUUUUGGUGGCCUGCCAACGCUGAGAAACUUGAGACCAGAAGUAAAUCUGAAGAAAUACUCUGGCUGCCUUAAAGAUAUUGAAAUCUCAAGAACUCCAUACAAUAUACUCAGUAGCCCUGAUUAUGUUGGCGUUACCAAAGGAUGUUUGCUGGAGAAUGUUCACACGGUUAGCUUCCCCAAGCCUGGUUUUGUGGAGCUGGCGCCUGUGCCAAUUAAUGUAGGAACAGAAAUCAACCUGUCCUUCAGCACUAAGAAUGAGUCUGGGAUCAUCCUCCUGGGCAGUGGAGGGACACCUCGGAGAAAACGAAGGCAGGCUGGACAGGCCUAUUAUGCGGUAUUCCUGAACAAGGGCCGCCUGGAAGUGCACCUCUCCACAGGCGCACGGAUAAUGAGGAAAAUCGUUGUCAAACCAGAGCCGAGCCUGUUUCACGACGGGAGAGAACAUUCCGUUCAUGUGGAGAGAGCGAGAGGCAUCUUCACGGUUCAAGUGGAUGAAGACAGAAGGCAUACGCAAAACCUGACGGCAGAACAGCCGAUCGAAGUCAAAAAGCUUUUCGUGGGCGGUGCUCCACCUGAAUUCCAACCUUCCCCACUCAGAAACAUUCCUCCUUUUGAAGGCUGUGUAUGGAACCUCGUUAUCAACUCUGUCCCCAUGGACUUUGCACGGCCUGUAUCCUUCAAAAAUGCAGACAUUGGGCGGUGUGCCCAUCAGAAACCCCUUGAGGAUGGAGAUGGAGGAGUUCCAGCUGAAGUAGUCAUCCAGCCGGAGUCAGUGCCCACCCCAGCCUUCCCCACGCCCACUCCUGUUCUGGCGCAUGGUCCUUGUGCUGUAGCACCAGAACCAGCUCUUUUGAUAGGGAGCAAGCAGUUCGGGCUGUCAAAAAACAGUCACAUUGCAAUUGCAUUUGACGACACCAAAGUUAAAAACCGCCUCACGAUUGAACUCGAGGUACGAACCGAAGCUGAAUCAGGCUUGCUCUUCUACAUGGCACGGAUCAAUCAUGCGGAUUUUGCUACUGUUCAGCUGAGAAACGGAUUUCCCUACUUCAGUUAUGACUUAGGAAGCGGUGACACCAACACCAUGAUCCCCACCAAAAUCAAUGAUGGCCAGUGGCACAAGAUUAAGAUUACUCGAAUUAAGCAAGAAGGAAUUCUUUACGUAGAUGACGCCUCCAACAGAACCGUCAGUCCCAAGAAAGCUGAUAUCCUGGAUGUUGUGGGGAUAUUGUAUGUUGGUGGGCUACCCAUCAACUACACUACCCGGAGAAUUGGUCCAGUGACCUACAGCAUUGAUGGCUGCAUCAGGAAUCUACAGAUGGCAGAGGCCCCUGCUGACCUGGAACAGCCAACCUCCAGCUUCCAUGUUGGGACAUGUUUUGCAAAUGCUCAGAAAGGAACAUAUUUUGAUGGAACAGGUUUUGCCAAAGCAGUUGGUGGGUUCAAAGUGGGGUUGGACCUCCUUGUAGAAUUUGAAUUCCGCACAACUAGAACCACUGGAGUUCUCCUGGGAGUCAGCAGCCAGAAAAUGGAUGGAAUGGGUAUUGAAAUGAUUGAUGAAAAGAUUAUGUUUCACGUGGACAAUGGCGCCGGCCGGUUCACUGCCGUCUAUGAUGCCGGGACCCCAGGGCAUCUGUGUGACGGACAGUGGCAUACAGUCACCGCCAACAAGAUCAAACACCGCAUUGAGCUGGCAGUAGAUGGGAACCGGGUGGAAGCCCAGAGCCCAAACCCAGCGUCUACAUCAGCCGACACCAAUGACCCUGUGUUUGUUGGAGGUUUCCCAGAUGGCCUUAACCAGUUUGGCCUGACAAUCAACGUUCCGUUCAGAGGUUGCAUCCGAUCCCUGAGGCUCACCAAAGGCACCGGCAAGCCGCUGGAAGUGAAUUUUGCUAAGGCCCUGGAACUCAGAGGCGUUCAACCUGUAUCAUGCCCAGCUUAAUAAAAAUAAGUUUAACCCCAAGGAGGGUUCUUCAAAACAAGUAUAGCAAAUAAAACAAAUAUAUUUUACCUGUGUAUGUUAUUAAAACUAAUUUGUGCAUGUAUAUUGAAUUACUUCUGUAUUCAGAUGGUGCUAAUUCAGAUCCCAGACUGAAUUUUAAUUCAAGUUCUUUCUCAAGUCCAUGAAUAUUAAACCAACUAUU